AUGUAUAAACGUCGUUCAUCUCUAAUGCAAUACCAUUCGGAUAACAUUUGGGCUUUAGUAACAGGAGCAUCAGAUGGUAUUGGAAAAGCUAUUGCUCUUGAAUUAUCUUCUCGAGGAUUUAAAGUUAUUCUUCAUGGACGAAAUCGAGCAAAACUGGAAACCGUAGCCAAAGAAUUAAAGGGAGAAACGAAAAUCUUCGUUAUGGAUGGAUCGAACUUCUCCAGAAAUGAUAUAGAUAGGAUGAAACAAGAACUUCAGCCGUUGGAAAUUGGUAUUUUAAUUAAUAAUGUAUCUAUUGCCAAUGACUUUCAAACACUCGAUGAACUCUCAUUAGAAAAUAUUGAUUCAGUACUUCGAUUGAACAUUUCAUUUGUCACGCAUCUGAAUCGAAUUAUUCUAUCUUGUCUCAAACGUCAAAAACAGUCUCUGAUCAUUACCAUUGGCUCUUAUGCAGGUAUUCAUCCACCGGGUAUUCUUUCCGUAUAUGCAAGUAGCAAAUCAUUUCAACAUAGUCUAUCUGAAUCACUUCGUCGAGAAGCACCACCAGGAAUGCGAGUUGAACUUCACUUAGCUGGCUCAGUUAUAUCUUCGAGUAAUCGUGCUGCACAAUCAUUUUUAAGACCAACAUCGGCUAUGUUCGCAACAGCCGUAUGUGAUCAUGUCGGUGCCGCACAUAUUAUUGUACCAUAUUGGCCUCAUGCUAUUCUUAUUUGGCUGUUUGGAAUAAUGCCAACGAGCUGGAUUGAUUUCAUAUCGGGAAAAGUGACUGCUGCCAUGAAAGAUGGAAAAAACAAUUAA